AUGAAUCAGACGAGACGUAAGAGACGACCUGAUCCUUCACUCUCCAGGCUAGAUUCUUUCUCGCCUGAAAUCCUUUUUCCGACCAAAUCUCCGGCGCUGAUUUCCGCGCGCGUCAGAAACAUCUUCCUGCUCUCGCUCGCCUUUUGUUUCAUCAUCUACGUCGUCUUCUCCUACGGCACCUUCCGCCGCGAGCGAAUCUCAUCGAUCGCUCGCUCCUUACCCGUAUUCUCCACCCGCCGCCGUCACGUACUCUUCUCGAUCGCCGCCUCUCACGACUCUUGGCUCCGCCGCAGCUCCUAUGUUCGUCUCUGGUACUCUCCCGAAUCCACACGCGCAAUCGUGUUCCUCGAUCGCGGUGGAUUAGAUCCCGAUCUCACUCUCCCUCCCGUAACCGUCUCUAAAGACGUCUCUAAGUUCCCUUACAAUUUCCCCGGCGGUCUCCGAUCGGCGAUCCGCGUGGCUCGCGUCGUUAAGGAGACGGUGGAUCGGGGAGAGAAAGACGUCCGGUGGUUCGUUUUCGGCGACGAUGAUACUGUGUUCUUCGUAGAUAAUCUGGUGACGGUUUUGUCGAAGUACGAUCACCGUAAAUGGUAUUACGUCGGAAGUAAUUCGGAGUUCUAUGAUCAGAAUGUGAGGUAUUCGUUUGAUAUGGCGUUUGGUGGAGGAGGAUUCGCCAUCAGUGCUUCGCUUGGAAAGGCUUUAGCCAAAGUUCUGGAUUCUUGUUUGAUGAGAUACUCUCACAUGUAUGGAAGCGAUUCCAGGAUCUUCUCUUGCUUGGCUGAGCUUGGUGUUACAUUAACUCAUGAACCUGGAUUUCAUCAGAUUGAUGUAAGAGGGAACAUAUUUGGACUGUUAUGUGCACACCCAUUAUCUCCAUUGGUGUCACUUCAUCACUUAGACGCAGUUGAUCCAUUCUUUCCGAAAUUGAACCGGACAGAAUCAGCGGCUCGUCUCAUUGGAGCCGCAAGUUUGGAUUCAGGAAGGAUUUUGCAGCAGAGUGUGUGCUAUGAUUCUUCAAACGUAGUGACAGUUUCAGUUGUGUGGGGUUACGCGAUUCAAGUCUACGAAGGUAAUAAACUUCUUCCGGAUCUUCUCACUUUGCAAAAGACGUUUUCUACAUGGAGGAGAGGGUCAGGUGUUCAAAGCAACUAUAUGUUCAGCACAAGAGAGUAUCCUAGAGAUCCGUGUAGAAGACCGCUCGUCUUUUUUCUCGACAGUGUAGGAUCAAAUGGAACAGAGGGAACGUGGAGUAACUAUAACCUUCAUAGUAUCGGAAACUGCCGCAGAGGAGAAGCUGUGAAGCGACUAGAACGCAUCCGAGUUUUGUCUCGUAAGCUGGAACUUAAUGUUGAAGAGAUGAAUCCGCCGCGCCGCCAAUGCUGUGACAUUUCGUCGCCGUCUAACAAAUCAAUGGUCAUUAAUGUAAGGCAAUGCAUGCCGGAUGAGCUAAUCGCUAUGAACACUUGA